AUGGAGAACGCAUCUGUGGGCGGCGACUACGAUUACGACCACUACGACUCGGAGGCCUCGGACGUCCCCGUGGACUGCGCCGACGGCGCCUGCCAGGCCAUCGGGCCCCUCCGCGUGGCCCCCCUCCUGCUCUACGCCGUGGUCUUCCUGGCCGGGGUGCCGGGCAACGCCAUGGUGGCCUGGGCGAGCCACAGAGAGGCCCGGCGGCGGGCCGGGGCCACCUGGUUCCUCCAUCUGGCCGCGGCCGACCUGCUCUGCUGCCUGUCCCUGCCGGUCCUGGCGGUGCCCGUGGCGCUGGGCGGCGCGUGGCCCUACGGGGCCCUGGGCUGCCGGGCGCUGCCCUCGGCCAUCCUGCUGUCCAUGUUCACCAGCGUGCUGCUGCUGGCGGCCCUCAGCGCCGACCUCUGCCUCCUGGCCCUCCGGCCGGCCGGCGGGGCGCCCGAUCGCCGGGCCCGCCGGGUGCGCCUGGCCUGCGGGGCGGCCUGGGCCCUGGCCCUGCUGCUGACCCUGCCCUCGGCCGUCUACCGCCGGCUGCACCGGGAGCACUACCCGGCCCGGCUGGAGUGCGUGGUGGACUACGGCGGCUCGGCGCUGGCCGAGGGCGCCGUGGCCGCCGCCCGGUUCCUGUUCGGCUUCCUGGGGCCGCUGGUGGUGGUGGCCGGCUGCCACGGCGCCCUGCUGUGCCGCGCGGCCCCCCGCCGCUGGCCGCUGGGCACCGCCGUGGUGGCGGGCUUCUUCGUGUGCUGGGCCCCCUACCACCUGCUGGGGCUGGUGCUCGCCGGGGCCGCCCCGGGCUCCCGGCUGCUGGCCCGGGCCCUGUGGGCGGAGCCGCUGGUGGCGGGCCUGGCCCUGGCCCACAGCUGCCUCAACCCCGCGCUUUUCCUGUACUUCGGGCGGGCCCGGCUCUGCCGCUCGCUGCCCGCCGCGUGCCGCUGGGCCCUGCAGGGGCCCCGGAGCCAGGAGGAGAGCGCCGCCAGCAAGAAAUCCACCAGCCACGACCUGGUCUCCGAGGUGGCCGUGUAG